AUGCUCUUACGUUCGAAUCCGAAAAAGAAACUUCAAGCAUCGCCGGAUCGGGACAGCUUGCACGGGCACCUCACUCGAAGACAAGGUGUUCCGAUCUACCAUUACAGCGUACGCAGUAAACUAUGCUCUUACGUUCGAAUCCGAAAAAGAAACUUCAAGCAUCGCCAGACCGGGACAGCUUGCACGGGCACCUCACUCGAAGACAAGGCCUCAGUCUUUAUGUUCCGGGAUUCUGCCGAUGCUUAUCCGGUAAAAUUUCGCGGACUUUGCUCCUACACAGCAAUCCUGAGAUGGCAGCAAUGA